GGAGUGAGAGAGCAGCAAAUCCAGCACCCAGCUGUGUGUCUCUGAAGAGUGAUGCAUCCAUGGAGCCUCCUCUUGCAUUCAGCAGUGGACCUGUGCCCUCAGUCCUACGUAUCAUCAGGAGGUUGAGAGAGAGAGCAGCAAAUCCAGCACCCAGCUGUGUGUCUAUGAAGAGUGACAGGUCCAUGGGUAAUCCUCCUGUAUUCAGCAGUGGACCUGUGACCUCAGGCCUAGGUGACCAGAAGAAGCCUGUAAACAUUUCUAAAGAAAAGCUGGAGUCAGUGUUCAAGGAGCUGGAGGACAAAAUCAUCUCUCUGGUGAAGAAUGAGCUGAAGAGCUUUAAGAAUCUACUGAGCUCAGAUUACCCAGCAUGCACUGAGAGACAGGUGGAGGAUGAGGAGGAUCAGAGCAGUGUCAGAGAGGGGGCGCUGAAGAUCACAUUGCACUUCCUGAGGAACAUGAACCAGACAGACCUCGUUAACACACUACUGACCAAACUGGCCCCUGCUUGCCACAGAAAGCUCAAAUCCAAACUGAGGGACAAAUGUCAGAAGAUUCAUGAAGGAAUCUCACAGCAGGGAACCACAGCACUUCUGAAUGAGAUCUACACAGAGCUCUACAUCACAGAGGGAGGGAGUGGAGAGGUCAAUAAUGAGCAUGAGGUGAGACAGAUUGAGGCAGCAUCCAGGAGACGAGCAACACAGGAGACACCCAUCAAAUGCAGUGACAUCUUUAGACCCUUACCAGGACAAGACAAAGCCAUCAGAACAGUGCUGACUAAAGGAGUGGCUGGAAUUGGUAAAACAGUGUCUGUGCAGAAGUUCAUACUGGACUGGUCUGAAGGAAGAACAAAUCAGGAUGUUCUCUUCAUAUUUCCACUUCCUUUUAGGGAGUUGAAUUUGAUGAAGGAGAAAAAGUUCAGUUUGGUGCAGCUGCUUCAUUGCUUUUUUCCAGAAAUGUGUGAAGUAAAACCAAAACAUUAUACAAACCACAAAAUUCUGUUCAUCUUUGAUGGUCUGGAUGAGUGUCGACUUCCUCUAGAUUUCCAGAACAAUGAGAGAUUGUGGGAUGUAACAGAAUUGACCUCAGUGGAUGUGCUGCUGACAAACCUCAUCAAGGGGAAUCUGCUUCCCUCUGCUCUCCUCUGGAUAACCUCUCGACCAGCAGCAGCCAAUCAGAUCCCUCCUGAGUGUGUUGACCAGGUAACAGAGGUAAGAGGGUUCAGUGAACCACAGAAAGAGGAAUAUUUCGGGAAGAGAAUUUGUGAUCAGGGCCUGGCCAAUAGAAUCAUCUCACACAUGAAGUCAUCAAGAAGCCUUUACAUCAUGUGCCACAUUCCAGUCUUCUGUUGGAUUGCAGCCACUGUUCUAGAGAGAAUGUUGGGUGAAGUAAAGAGUGGAGAGAUCCCCAAGACUCUGACUCAGAUGUUCACACACUUCCUGAUCUUUCAGCUCAGACACAAAGACGAAAAGUAUGGAGGAAGUAUGAAAGGUCAAAAAAGGACUCCAAACCAAAUGACAGAGCAUGUUUUGGCACUUGGAAAACUGGCUUUCCAACAGCUAGAAAAAGGCAACCUGAUCUUCUAUGAGGAAGACCUGAGAAACUGUGGCAUUGAUGUCAGAGAAAUGUCAGUGUAUUCAGGAAUGUGCACUCAGAUCUUCAGACAGGAGUUUGAGCUACAGCUGGGGAAGGUGUUCAGCUUUGUACAUCUGAGUGUUCAGGAGUUUCUGGCUGCUUUAUUUGUGUUUAUUUCCUUCAUCACCACCAACACCAAUGUGCUGCAACAGAAACACCCUGGAUUUUUCAGUAUUUUCAAAACCCCAAUGUCUGUCUUCCUCAACAGUGCAGUGGACAAGGCCUUACAGAGUCAAAAUGGACACCUGGACCUUUUCCUCCGCUUCCUUCUGGGUCUCUCACUGGAGUCCAAUCAGACUCUCUUACGAGGCCUACUGAUACAGACAGGAAGCAGCUCUCACAGCAGAGAGGAAACAGUCAAGUACAUCAAGGAGAAGAUCAGAGAGAAUUCCUCUCCAGAGAAAUCCAUCAAUCUGUUCCACUGUCUGAAUGAACUGAAUGAUCAUUCUCUAGUGCAGGAAGUCCAAACAUACCUGAGCAGAGGAGGUAACCAUCAUCUCCAUGGAGCCAGACUUUCUCCUGCUCAGUGGUCAGCUCUGGCAUUUGUGUUGCUGAACUCAGAAGAGCAGCUGGAUGAGUUUGACCUGAGGAAAUAUGACCCAUCAGAGGAAUGUCUACUGAGACUGCUGCCAGUGGUCAAAGCAUCCAGAAAAGCCAUACUAUCUGGCUGUGGUCUCACUGAAGAGUCUUGCAAAUCUCUCACAUCAGUUCUACAAACAGAAAACUCAAUGAGAGAGCUGGAGAUAAAUAAUAAUGAUCUGCAGAAUUCAGGAGUGGAGCAGCUCUGUGCUGGACUGAAGAGUUCACACUGUAAACUGGAGAUUCUCAGUCUAGCUAUCUCUAAUCUUGGGGAAAACACUUGUGAAAAUCUGGCAUCAUCUUUGCAACUGCCAAACUCCCUCUUGAGGGAACUGGACCUUAGUACCAAUGACCUGAACAAUUCAGGAGUGGAGCAGCUCUCUGCUGGACUGAAGAGUUCACACUGUAAACUGGAGAUACUCAGACUGUCUGGUUGUUUGGUCACAGAGGAAGGCUGUUCUUCUCUGGCUUCAGCUCUGAGGUCAAACCCCUCCCACCUGAAAGAACUGGACUUGACGUACAACCACCCAGGAGAGUCAGGAGUGAAGCUGCUCUCUGCUAGACUGGAGGAUCCCCACUGCAGACUGGACACUCUCAGGGUGGAGCACGCAGGGGAGAUCAGAAUCAAACCAGGACUAAGAAAAUAUGCGUGUGACCUCACACUGGACCCAAACACAGCACACACACAUCUUUCUCUAUCUGAGAGGAACAGAAAGGUGACAUGUGUGUGGGAGCAGCAGUCGUAUCCUGAUCAUCCAGAGAGAUUUGAUGUCUGUAAGCAGGUUCUGUGCAGAGAGAGUCUGACUAGACGCUGUUACUGGGAGGUUGAGUGGAGUGAGAGGGCUGGUAUAGCACUGACAUAUAAAGGAAUCAGGAGGAAAGGACGCAGUGAUGACUGUGGGUUUGGAUGUAAUAUAAAGUCCUGGAGUCUGAUCUGCUCUGAUAACAGUUACACUGUCCGGCACAAUAAUAAGAGAACUGCCAUCUCUGCCCCCUCCAGCUCCAACAGAGUAGGAGUGUAUCUGGACUGGCCCGCCGGCACUCUGUCCUUCUACAGCGUCUCCUCUCACACACUCACACUCACACACUUACACACACUCCACUCCACAUUCACUGAGCCCCUCUAUGCAGGGUUUUGGGUUUAUUCUGACUCCUCAGUGUGUGUGUGUGAGGUAGAAUAG